CCCCAGAUCGGACGCGUUAUUGUAACGUACAGAAUCGCCACGACUUUUCCACAUAUUAAACCGUCCGAGAUAGGGUGGCGUGUCUGACCGAGGCGUGUUGGUGGGUGACUAACAGAAAGACAACCAGUUCUUCUGUGUGACUACGCAAAGUCUACGGUGAUUGUUGAAUUUGAAUUUAUUCGCUUGCCAAAAAACACACGAAAGCAUCAAGCGAGUGAUUAGCAACGAAUUUGCCAUUUGUUGCAUGUUUGAAUCUCGAGUUUAGCUAAAGUGUUGUUUUGAAUUGUGACACGAUACGUCGGGCGUGCGAAAAAGAUGAAACCCAUCUAAAUCAGAUAAGAAAACCAACUGCGAGUGCGAGAUUUAUUGGUUAAAGAGGUGAAAAAAGAUUCUGGCGACUUGUGAAAUCAAAUAAGAAUAGUGGUCAAUUACUCACUGAUGUAGAGGGAAGCCCAUCUUUGCGUUGAUUCCCCAGAAUAAACAAAAAAAAAAAGCAAGAGUAAACGGUACGGCGUUUGGUGUUGAAGUAGUGGAUAAUUAGUUAUCCAUAUGAGAGAGUAAGCGGUUGCAGCUGACUAAGUAGCACGCGACUUUGCGAGAAAAGUUAUUUUUCUCAUUAUCAUGUGAUCUAUCAGUGUCUCGCAAAUUUAUCGGACGUGUCAACGGACCUACAGUUCGAACAAAGCUUACGGCAUCUGCAUCUGUGAUUGAAACAAAUAUUUUGACUUAAGAUUCCUUCCAGUGGAGCAGUUCCGCACAGUUAGAAAUGGUUAAAUUCAGCUGCCUGAUCAUUCUUCUAGCGCUCAGUUUGGAUGUCACACAUAGUUGGAGAUUUGACAGGCUACCCAGACUGUAUGGAGACAAGCUGCCGACGAAAGUGAUAUCACCGCGGACGCGCAAAGUCCAACGCCGGAUCGUCGUGUUGCAUGAUUUCUUCCGCACCAAAGUCGUACCCUCGGCGUCCAAUAUGUUAAGUAUGAAGUGGCACUACGGAGCGGCGCGAUCGGCUCAAAAGUGGGCGGACCAGUGCCGGCUGCUAACCCACGACAGCCCGAAGGGACGCUGGACAGAUAACUACGGUGCGUGUGGUCAAAACAUCUUCGUCUCCACCCAUAAGGUGCCCUGGUUAUUUGCACUGAAAACGUGGUUUCUGGAGCGGCAGAAUUUCACAUAUGGAUCGCAUAAAAACGAUUUGGUAGCGGUUGGACACUAUACGCAGAUGGUGUGGGCAGCAACGCAUAAAGUUGGCUGCGGUCUGACCAAGUGUGCCCGCGGUGGUCCUCGGGGAAAGCCGUUCUACAAUUAUGUUUGCAACUACUGUCCGAUCGGAAACCACGAAGACAAACUGGGCACGCCAUAUAAACGAGGCCGACCAUGCGGUUCCUGCCAUCAGCAUUGCCACUCGAAGAAGAUUAAAUUAUGUACCAAUACGUGUAGUUCGGCAGAUCUGUGGGCGAACUGCCGGGAGCUUUAUAAAACGUGGCCCGGUUGGCUUUGCAACACGGUCACACCGGAAGGGUUGGAGCGGCAGCGGAACUGUCUGGCCACCUGUACCUGCCAGGGGAAGAUUCAUGACUGAUGAUGAUAGAUGCGGUGUUGGAAGUUGUUGGAGUGUGUAGUUGGUUGUCACUACACCGUCGUUGUGCCAUAUGUGUAAUACAUGCUCAUUGAAACAGUUCGUAAUCACUAUCGUGUAGGGCUGAAUAUUUACUUAUGUUAGUCGCUGUAAGAAAAAAAUCCUUAUUAUAGUAUG